AAUGAAUAACAAAAAUAAAAUUAUACUAAAUUUACCAAUCUGCUGUUUUCUUUUUAGUUUGCUAAAUAUUAAGAAACUAUAAUUAUGACAGCACAAUAUGUAAUUCAUUUCAUAGCAUUACGCAGUUCAAAUCGGUCCCACCGCCCUGUCGGGCGCAAACUCGAAACUCCACUCCCACCCUCCACCCCCGUGUCAGAAGUGUUGACCAUUAUACAUUGGCUGACCAAAGGGUCAGUCAUGCGGUUAGCUUGUUCGCGUGUUCCGACCGCUUGCUCUAAUUUUUCUUCACCUAAAAAGUUUUGAAAUGGUGCGCCCGUAAUUUUUGAGGCCCCGGUGCCUGCAAUCUAGUGAGACAUUGAGGAGGAAUUAACCACUUUCACAGACAAAAUGUGUGAAACGGUGAAAGUGGUGGUUCGAUGUCGACCGAUGAACACAAAGGAAAAGGCAAUGGGUUGCAAGAACGUUGUCAACAUGGACCCAGUCUGCUGCACUUGUUAUUUGAGUAACCCUAAUGAGCCCACCGCUCCAAACAAAGCAUUCAGAUUUGACGGCGUGUAUGACGAGUCGAGCGCCACUGAAUGCAUCUACAAUGAAGUCGCCUAUCCUCUUAUCGAGGGUGUGCCAGAGGGUUACAACUGCACGAUUUUCGCUUACGGACAGACGGGAUGUGGGAAGAGUUUUACAAUGCAAGGCCCGAGGGAACCCACCAGCCAGCGUGGAAUCAUUCCUCGGGCCUUGGAGCAACUUUUUGAAGCGGCGGCCGUGAGCGAGGCGAAAUUUCUGCUCACUGCCUCGUUUUUGGAAAUUCAUAAUGAGGAAAUUAGGGAUCUGCUUAACGCUGCCAAUCGAAGUAGACUCGAACUCCGAGAACAUCCAGAGAGAGGAGUUUACGUCCAUGAGCUUUCCAGUCAUCCAGUUCACAGCAAAGACCAGUGUGUGAACCUGAUGGAGCGCGGCUGGGCCGCCAGAGCCGUGGGCGCCACGCUGAUGAACACAGACUCGUCUCGCAGCCACUGCAUCUUUUGCGUCAACGUCGAGCGCAUGGACGUGCUGGACGACGGGAGCACGGCCGUGCGUCGCGGCAAACUAAAUUUGGUUGACCUGGCCGGCAGCGAGCGCCAAGCCAAAACCGGCGCCACCGGGGAACGGCUGAAGGAGGCCACCAAAAUCAACCUGUCCCUCAGCGCCCUGGGCAACGUCAUUUCCGCCCUGGUCGACGGAAGGACGCGCCACGUCCCGUACAGAGACUCGAAACUGACCCGACUUUUGCAAGACUCUUUGGGCGGCAACACAAAAACGUUGAUGGUUGCGUGUUUGUCGCCGGCCGACUACAACUACGACGAGACCCUGAGCACCCUGCGUUAUGCCCACAGAGCCAAAAGUAUUGAAAACAAGCCCAGGGUGAAUGAAGACCCGAAGGACGCGGUCAUCAGACAGUAUCAGGCGGAAAUCGAGCAGUUGAAAGUUAUGCUCAGCGGUGGACAAGUGUUCCAAAACGGUGGAACAGGAAGUUCCGAGUUGGAUGAGUUGAGGGCCAAGUGUGAAGAGGAGCAGCGAAAUAAGGCGCGUCUCCAGCAGGACCUCGAGGAAUUGAAAUCUUCCUACGCUCAACUUUCUCAACUAAAGGUUUGUCGGGCUGAUGUUAUUGAUGGGUCUGAGGACAUUAAAAUGACGUCGCCAGAACUAAUUGAGUCUUCAGCCAAUCCACUUCAGCAAGCUGUUCUCCAAAGACUUCAAGACCUGCAAUCAAACAUGGUCGGCGGCGAAUUGGCGCACGACACUGCCCUCAAAGAAAAGCGUCAGCGGCAACGCAAGACCUCCGAGAGGCGUCUGAAGGCGCUGGCCACAGCCCUGGGCAAAAAGGACGACGAGGAAGCCGCCGUUCUGCAAAUUUAUGAUGACAUUGAGCAAGAAUUAGCUGCCAAAAGUGACGCCCUGCGCAAAGCACGAGCGAAAAUGCGCGCCUUCGAGCGAGAAAUCAAAGACCUGCAGCGCGAGUUUGAGACGGAGCGCACCGACUAUUUGGAGACGAUCCGCCGGCAGGACAAAAGUCUCCAGCUGAUGCAGCAAAUCACCGCAAAAAUGGCUCCUUUGGUCAAGCCGGAGUGCAACUACAGCGACGUGGAACGCAUCAAGGCUGAGGCGGUGUGGAUCGAGGACAUGCAGAAGUGGCGGCUCCCGGAAAUCAUGAUCGGGCGGACGCGGCUGCCACCAGCAGGUUCGACCACUCCACCCAAACCUCCACCGCAACCGCCAAGGGCUCCGUCAAGGACGGCGCCGGCCAAGGUUGGGACGUCCAGCAGCCAGCCUUCAUCUCCAGAAAGGAUUCCGGUCAUGAAUGGAGACACAUUAAUGCAGAAAUUGGAAAAAGGAGCCCAGGAAAAUUUUGCAGCAAAUUAUUUCAAGCCAAAACGGGCGACGGAACUGUUGAUUAAAGCCCAAGAAGGAAACACUGGAAGGCAAUGGAUUGCUCAACAAUGGAAAGAGUCAAGAAAAGGAGGGCAAUUUUUAGCCACGAGCUUGACUAGUUUGAGCUCCAGUGCUGGACCAACCCUUGAGAUGGCAGCCUUAGCGAAUAGCAAUAAUAGCCCCAUCAUAAACCACAACAACAUUGCGUGGGCUCAUGACAGUUCGCCAGAACUCUUUAUGUCUCGAAAACCAACUCGACUUGAAGCUUUGCCUUUGCUUGAAAAAAUUGGCACCAGGAAGAGAGUCAAAGCAGAAUUGAACACACUAGACCUUUUGUGACUAGAGGCUGGAGUUUAAUUCAACAUGUGCCGAAUCAAUAAUUAUUGCAUAAUCAUCUGCUAAAACUGUGAUAUUAAAUUGUUUAAUAACCCUCUGCAGUGUGUACAUAUUGUUGCACUUUUGUGUAUUGACAUUUUUGAGCUGCCGUUUGGACAUUACAAAAUAACAAAAAAUUGUUUUGUUGGACAUUUUUACCAGAGUUUUAUUUUGUUACAAACAUAUUUAAUCAAAUCUUUUGCUAAAAGUAAAAAUUACUUGUUAAAGCUUAUUUUGUCACAGAGUCCAAAGUCUUAAUAAAUUAAUAAUUUAAAAAUCUUCACAUUGGGAAAUCACGUUGGAGUGGCAGAGCAUUAAGGUGGACAAAAGGAAUAAUAAUUUUUUUUUUCAUUUUCAAAUAACAUUAUUCAAAUUUCAUCCAAAGCCCUAAUGCAUAUAUUUGUUUAACACAUUCUUGAAAAUCUGCCACUCAUAUAUUAAGAUUUAAGAUGAAAAAAGUUCUAAAGGCGGUGAAAAGAGAGCUUUUGAUAGAUCAAAA